AUAAUAUCGCCAAAGGAUUAGUCAAAUUUGGUGUCAAAAAGGGAGACAAAGUGAUCAUUUGGGCGGACACUCGGCUCGAGUGGACACUAUGUAGUCUAGCGCUCAUGAAAAUUAACGCAACGUUAUGUACGCUAUUCUCUACAUUAGGAACUCCUGGUCUAAUAUAUGGCAUAAACCAAACGGAAUCCCAAACUAUUAUAACAACAUUUGAUUUAUUACCCAAAUUGAAGGGUUUUCUUCACGAAGUGCCGAAUUUAAAGUCAAUUGUUUACAUAAAGAAUACGAGAGACCAAUCAUUGAGUGAUAGUUUUCCCGACAAUCUUUCGGUCAAAUCAUUAGAACAGUUAGAAGAGUGCGGAACCAAUGACAAGAGGGAACUCGAAUAUGAUUUACCAAAAGAUACCAAAGAAACGGCGGUUAUUAUGUAUACAUCGGGAACCACUGGCAAUCCGAAGGCCGUUUGUAUAUCACAUAAGUCACUGAUGGCGAGUCUCAAAGUACUUCUUAGCAACACUACCGAUGAUAUGUCGGACGGAGUCGAUAAUCAUAGUUAUAUGUCUUAUCUGCCAUUGGCUCACAUUUUGGGCUUUACUUUUGAAAUGUUUCUACUUUUUGGUGGCGUCAGAAUCGGAUACAGUUCGCCAUUUACACUGACCGACACAUCGCCAGGUCUGGCCAAAGGACAGUUAGGGGACGCCAGACUUCUUCAGCCGACAUCGAUGACAGCGGUUCCUCUAGUGUUGGAUCGCAUUUUGAAAGAAAUAUAUGAGAAACUCAACUCCAGAUCUCCCAUA